GCCUAUAUAAACCCCUUUGAUCCUCCUUCCUUGAGCCCAUAUCAAAACCAAAUAUAUACAUAGCCAACUUAUCACAUCUUCUUCAACACCUUUACCAUUUAUCACCAUCAUCAUCAUUGUCUCUUCCCAUAAUUCUCAAAUCUUUGCAGCAAUGUCUGGUGUUUGGGUUUUUAAGAACGGAGUUGUUCGUUUGGUGGAGAACCCUGGUGAAUAUCAGGGCUCGAACGCCCGCCGGAAAGUCUUAGUUCAUGUUUCAAGUGAUGAAGUCAUCACAUCUUAUUCUGUUCUUGAGAGUAAGUUGACAGCUUUAGGGUGGGAGAGAUACUAUGAAGAUCCUGACUUGCUUCAGUUUCAUAAGAGAUCCACCGUUCAUCUCAUCUCCCUUCCAAAGGACUUCAACAGAUUCAAAUCCAUGCAUAUGUAUGAUAUUGUGGUCAAGAAUCGAAAUGAAUUUGAAGUUAGAGAUAUGUAAUGUGUGAGGUUAAUGAUGAAUACUUAGGUUUGUAAGUUUGAUUUGGUUAAGGUUAUAUAUAUGUCUAGGUUGUACUUUGAUUCUCUUGUAUAAUAUGUUGACUUUGGUGUUUGGUUUUGUUGAUUGUCAGUGGUCUGUAUUCAAGUUGUACCUAUAUUAGCUCAUUUUGUCAAGAAAAUGGUGUAUGGGCUUUGUAUUAAUUUCAUUGGAUAAUGGUUGUCUGAUUUGUGUAUUUUGUAACAUUGGAAUGAUUUAAUUUCAAGGAUUUCUUGUUU